UAUGAGACUCUUCGGCGUCUCGGUUCGGCCAUCGGCGCCUUCGUCUCUCCUCCGCUUCACGCCUCUUUACCAUUCUCGACGUCGUAUUCUGUCGCUUCACCCGCUGCGGCCGCCGGGACUCGCUGCCCGUUGCAGGUUGGGCAGCUUCACCUCUCAAUGCAAUGUGACGAAUUCUGAAGUUGAUUUUACCGAUGUUGCAACAAAUGAUGUGGCCAUGGGAGAUCCUUCACCCCUCCCAUCCAGUUGCUCUACGCCAUUUGUACAUCUAUCAUCAGAUAUCCUUAGUUCUGAGUUACAAUUUCUUACCGAAGAAACCUAUAAAACUGGUCUUCUCACAACACUGCCGGUUCUCUCAAAGGAGGAACAAGAUGCUCUUGCGGCAACUCCAGUUCACCCUGCUGGCUUAGUAGCUUUAUAUGCCAGUUUCUUAGCUGGGAAUUUAUCGGAACAUGUCUGGAAUUUCACUUGGCCUGCUGCUGUUGCGAUGCUUCAUCCAAGUCUAUUGCCUGUAGCUGUUGUUAGUUUCUUCUCUAAGUUUGCAAUCCUAGGUGGAGGUCCUUUGAUUGGAAUUUUUAUGGAUUCUUUACCUAGAAUUCCUUCAUAUCACUGUUUGAAUCUUAUUCAGACAGUUGGCCAGCUGCUUUCAGCUGCAAUGAUCAUGUAUGCACUAGAUACGGUUCGUCAUUCUUCUGUGUCAUCUUUGCUUCUUCAACCCUGGUUUCUUGUACUGCUGGCUGCCACAGCAACUGAAAGGCUAGCAAGCUUGGCACUGGGGGUCACCAUGGAACGUGAUUGGAUUGUGCUGUUAGCAGGCACAAAUAGACCGAUUGCGCUAGCACAAGCCAAUGCUAUUAAUAGUCGAGUUGAUCUUCUUUGUGAGGUAGCUGGUGCUUCGCUUUUUGGCUUUCUUUUGUCUAAGUAUAAACUUGCAACAUGCAUUAAACUUUCAUGUGCACUGACUCUAUUCACACUACCUGUUCUGAUUGUACUGGGUCAGCUAAUCAAUAGACUUUCCAGUGGAGUUCUUGAUCGCUCCAUGUCUCCUCAAACUUGUGACAAGCCUUUGACAGCUUUUACUUUGCUCAAUUUGAGAAAGAUAGUUGAAAUUGGACUGACUGCCAUAAGAUAUGGAUGGAUGGAAUAUAAGCAUCAACCAGUUCUUCCAGCUAGUGUGGCAUAUGUUCUCCUUUGUUUGAAUAUUGCUCUUGCUCCAGGUGCAAUGAUGACUGCAUUCCUGAUACAUCAUGGAAUUGCUCCAUCAGUCAUCGGUGCAUUUGGUGGAUUAUCCGCUCUCAUGGGUGUCGGUGCAACAUUCAUAUCUGCAAAUUUAGUCAGAAAGCUUGGCAUUUUGAAGGCAGGAGCAGCUGGGUUGAUACUCCAGUCCCUGCUUCUCACCAUAGCUGUUGCUGUGUGUUGGAGUGGUUCAAUAUCCAUGCCAGGACCUCUACAUCUCUUCCUAUCUUUAAUUGUACUGUCAAGAUUGGGCCAUAUGUCAUAUAGCAUCGCGAGCAUUCAGAUCCUUCAAACAGGAGUUCCUGCUGCAAAAGCUAACCUCGUAGGAAUAACGGAGAUGUCCAUUGCGAGCCUUGCAGAGCUCGUAAUGUUAGCUGUUGCAAUCAUUGCUGGCAAUGUUCGACAUUUUGGUUCUCUGGCAUUGCUCUCUGUAUCGUCGGUUAUUGCGGCCACAUGGAUCUUCUGCCAGUGGUUGGCAAAUCCAACAGAGGAGCAGAGAAGUCUCUUUGCCUUUGAUCCUCAGCUUUAAGGUAUCAAGGAUACAUAUAUCAAUGUCUCAGAUUUUGUAUUGACAGGAGCCUUUAUAGAGAGAGAGAGAGAUAGAGAGAGAGAGAGCAUGCCAUGGUGGACUCACAAGAUGGACAUGGCAAAAGCUACUUGGGCUAAGUUACCCCUGUAUGCUGGGAUCCACACUAUUGCGCACUAAUUAGGCAUGUAAGCGGUAAUAUAUAUUAUUUUUAAUGUAAGAGGUAAUGUUAACUCCUCAACUUUAUAGUGUGAUUUAAUUCAACUAAACAAGCAUUCAACUUUAUAGUGUGAGGCAAAAGAGCAUUUGUGGCUAUCGGAGUCAGUCCGUAGGUUCGGAAGAUUCAAAAUCUUUUAAGGUUUACUUGACACGGAGCUAUGAGAUUUCUUUGAGAUGUACU